AUGGACUACAUCACGCGUAUGCUCUCUAAUCCACCGCAGGAUGUUCACUGCUCGAUUAUGGUCGACGCCGAUCGCCCGGGGCGAACCCUCUCAUGGCAGGAGUACUCGGUUUCCGUCAAACGUGUAGCCGUAGGGCUGCGUGAAGCGGGUGUAGCCGACCGAGAUGGAGUAGGGCUUCUUAGUCCCAACGACAUAUACUUUCACGUCCUUGGUGACGGCGCCAUUGCAGCAGGAGCAGUGUUUGUUCCUAUUCCAGGAUUUGUUAAAGAGGCAGAUCUGGCAAAUUGCAUUACUUCAGGAGACGUGAAGUGGUUGUUUGCCUCGCCCGAGCUCAUAGAGCUGGCACUGGCGACUGCAGAAACGUUGGCCAUGGACACAUCCCGAAUAUUGGUUUUCGAUCCACCUGGGCUUGAUCCGUACAACGGCCCUAAACUAAGUUUGAGCAAACUGAUGGAAGCCGACGAGACCGUCUGGCGCAACCCGUACAACGGCCAGGAUCCAAGGACCUUGGCAGCUAUUCGACUGUUUACCAGUGGAACAACGGGCAAGAAUAAGGCGGCCGAAAUAUCUCAUGCCACUCAGGUUGCGCGGCUUGAUUCAGGUCAUGCGGUGUUGCCACUCGGGUCGAAAGUCCUUCAGAUAACUGGCAUUUACCACCUCUCGGGACAAACAGUCUGUAACCGUGCUUGUGCAGGCAUGUUGACGGCGUACGUUUCCAGGGUCGACAACGAUCCGGCUACUAUCCUUGAUAAGAUGCAAGUUUAUGGAAUUGACGCAGUCUUAUUCCCAACUGUAUUGAUUAAGAAGUUGACGGCUGCAAUACUUGAUGGGGUUCGGCCUCGGGACACUCUCCAGUCACUUCGCUACGUCACGUUCGGCGGAUCAUUCUGUGGGACACCAGUGCUUGAAGCCCUCAAAGAUCUGUUGCCAAGGGAAGCACACUUACGGCCUGUCUAUGGCUCGACAGAAAGUUGGUUCGCUAGUAUCGCGCAGGAUUGGACACCCGGAUAUGUCGGUUCGCCUAUGGAGGAUGUCCAAGUGAAGGUCAUCGACCCCGAGACGUUGGAGCCUCUCGUCCCCGGGAUCGAAGGUGAAAUCUGCGUGCGCAGCGCAUAUGUCUUCGAUGGGUACUGCAAGAACCCAGAAGCUUCGAAGUCUGCUUUUCUGCCCGGUGAAAGCUGGUUCAGAACUGGGGAUAAGGGAAGUUUGGACGUGAGAAACGGCCAAAUUGCCUUGACUGGCCGUUACAAAGAGAUCUUCAAGGUGAAUUCUGUACAGAUUUCGCCCAGCGAGGUCGCCGAGCAGCUGAUGCUGCACCCUGGAAUUGCGGACGCUGUGGUUUGCUCAACGCCUGCCCGAGAUGACGAUGACGCGGUGGAGUGUAUGGCAUAUGUUGUUCGCAGCAAGGACUUGACGGCGCAGGAGGUGGUUGAUUAUAUUGCGACGAAAUUGAACCGACAUAAAAGCCCAACGGGUGCUGUCGUGUUUUGCGAGCACAUCACCCGGGGCGCGGCUGGAAAGCCGGUAAGGGACCAUUUGGUGGCACAGACUCCGCUUCCCGGAUCGGCGAGUCCACUAUUGAUCGCUCUUGGCGUGGUGGCCCCACUACCUGUUCGCCUGUACAUACGCGCCGCCGCUGGACCGACAUCAGUCUCAAACUUCACGAGCUUCGACAUUCACGCACAACACGCCAUCAAUGGAACGUCGACGCGUCUUACGUCGCCAGCCACUACCUGCGCCAUGCCCAUGCAAAGGACAUUCACGAUUAUCCCAAAUGCCCCCGCCCCCCAGCCAGCCCAACAUGUUCGGCCCAUGACGACAAAACAAGUGCGCAAGGCCUACAAGGCAUCAACAAAGACCCCGCCCAUGUCCCGCGCUGAACGCUUAAAGCAAGAGAGAGCCGAGCAGGAGAGGAUACGGAAAGAAUUCGAAAGGGAAAAGGCCGCGGCAAAAGCCAAAAUCACGCGAGAAAAGAAGCGCGAGAAGGAGUUGGCCGAGCGGGAGCACAAGAAAAAGCUCGGCAUGCCGCUGGUGGACGUGCGCCCCAGCCAAAGUACGAUUGCGAGAUUUGUCAGAGGCAACGGCUCUGGGAAGAAGAGGGAUUCCGGGGGCGGGACUCUGGAGGAAGCUGGGAAAGGGGGUGAUGACGUGGAGGAUAAGGAAACCGGACAGGAGCAGGCGCACAGCUUGAAUCACGACAGACCCGAGCUGGAUUUAAUACCGGAAGAAGACGACAGCGAACUGGCGGAGAUUUUGGACACGAUAACGAAUAGUACAAGCAAAGGGACUGCGCAAAAGGGAGCCAACAUGGAGGAGGACGCACAACCGCCAGAGAACCAUGCUCUGGAACAAGACAACCCACCGACGACACCGCCUCCUCACAAACAGCCAAGUCGGAGGCCAAAAGACCCCCCCAGGCCCCUGGGAGAAAUGAAGCCUCCCCCUCGCCCGUAUCAAGCGAAACCACAGAGGCCUGUCCACUCGCCGCCGCCAGUCGUCCAGCAACCGCCAAUGAGCACACAAGCCAUCCUCGGCAACCUGGACGAUUUCUUCCCUUCAUCAUCCCAGCAGGCACUCGAGCUCCAAGACGAGUCCCUCGACGCCAUGCCCGACGACUGGCUCAGCGACAUGGAAUCCCCAGCUCCGCAGCAGCAAGAUCAAGCACCGCCGCCACCCAAGCGAUUCUUCACACCAUCCGGCUCAGACGAAAUCGUGUCCCUAGCCAUACAGCGGAGUAAACGCACCGCAGCGGUAGAGCAACUAAAGGACCAAGAAAUCGCGCAGGCGCAUCAUACCAAGGAAACGGCAUCCUGUAAACGACCCGGCUAUUCAAAAAUAAAUACAGCCUUGCCGCUGGAGCGUGUCGACAGCAUCACAAAACAAAGUCCUUCAUUCGAAGAGGACAAGGAGAAUAUAUGCAUAUGCGGUAUGAGUGGCUCACAAGAGACGGAAUAUGGAGGUGAUUGGAUGGACGACCUGGCGUUAGAUUUCAUCAUUUAG